AUGGAGGAGGUCUACCAAGAGUUCAAAAAAAUCAGAUUCAAUGGAGGAUACACAUUGGGUCUAAUGAACCCUAGGCAUGUAUUGAUUCGAUUUGAUCAAGAAGAUGAUUACCAGAGAUGUUGGAUAAGGACAUUGUGGAACAUUGGAGGUUUUUCAAUGAGGAUAUUGAAGUGGAAACUGGGUUUUUGCUUUGAGGAAGAUCCACCGGUGGUUCCAAUAUGGGUUUCCCUUUCUGAUUUUCCAAUUGAGUAUAUGCACCCGGAAGUAAUUUUCUCCAUGGCAACCACACUUGGGAAGCCUUUGAAGGUGGACACCCCUACCUUGAAUAUGACACGACCAUCUGUGGCUCAAUUUUGCGUUAAAGUUGAUCUCACCAAGGAGCUCCCAAAAUCCGUGAAGAUUGGCAAAAAAGGGCAAGAAAAACAUCCACCGCGUAAGAAAGAUGACGGCAAAAAACAUGAGGAGAAGCAUGAUGAUCCGGUUCAUAAGAAAAAAGGCCUCAAAAUUGCACAAACAAAACCUAAAUGGUUAUUUAAAGGUAGUGAGGGAAAAUCCAAAUCUCCAAAUCUGCAAGUGGAAAUAGUGAAGGACUACCCUUUGAUUGUUAAAGCCACUGAGAAGCAACCCUCGAAGCAGCAAAGUCUCCCAGAGGCUGAAACCCUAGCAUUGCCAAGUGUGGAACCACACCCUGCGGAGGAAACCCUAGCAGCGUGGAACUUUGAAUCGCAACCCCAUACUAUUGAGUUGCAGCCGCCUGUGAUUGAACCGUGGUUGUUGGAAUCGUCAUCUGGAUUGUCCAUUAAGGAGAAGGCAUCGAUUCCGGUGGAUAUUCCGGAUAGCUCAGACUCUAGAACUGAGCAACUUGAGGUAGAACAUCCAGUUUGUGUUGAAGUUGUUAAGAUGGACAAAGUUGCAGUUACUGAAAUAGUGUCUAACUGA